UACUAUUCAGUGACCAGCAGUGGAGUUGCAGACGCAGGGAGAUCUAGAGAGGAAGUAAAGAUGGCGAAGAAGGAGGCAUUGGGGUGGAUGGAAUGGUGUAGAGGCUGGAUGCACGUUAUAUACGAGAUGCUUUUCCAGAGGAUACUGGCCAGUCAUCUCGAGAAUCCUUUGCCUUUGCCUCCGAUCAACGACCUCACCUGCAUUGUCACCGGCUCCACCAGUGGCAUCGGCCGCGAAACUGCCAGGCAAUUGGCAGAAGCAGGAGCACAUGUUGUUAUGGCUGUCAGAAACACAAAGGCAGCUAACGAGUUAAUCCAAAAAUGGCAAAAUGAAAGGGAUGAAGGUGGCCUCCCUCUCAAUAUAGAGGUGAUGGAACUUGAUCUUCUAUCCUUGGAUUCUGUAGCGAGUUUUGCUGAAGCAUGGAAUGCACGUUCAGGACCUUUGCACAUUCUUAUUAACAAUGCUGGCAUAUUUUCAAUUGGAGAACCACAAAAGUUUUCUAAUAAUGGGCGUGAAGAACACAUGCAAGUAAAUCAUCUGGCUCCAGCACUGCUUUCAAUAUUGCUUUUGCCUUCCCUUCUUAGAGGAUCCCCUGGUCGAAUCAUUAACGUGAAUUCCAUUAUGCACCAUGUUGGCUUUGUUGAUCCAGAGGACAUGAAUGUUACCUCUGGGAGGAGAAAAUAUACGAGCUUGGUGGGAUACUCAGGCAGCAAGCUUGCACAGGUUAUGUUCAAUAGUGUUCUCCAUAAGCGCCUGCCUGCUGAAGCUGGCAUUUUUGUUCUGUGUGUAUCGCCUGGAACUGUCCAGACAAAUGUUGCAAGAGAUCUGCCCAAAAUUAUUCAAGCUGCAUAUCAUCUAAUACCCUAUUUUAACUUUAGUCCUCAGGAAGGUUCCAGAAGUUCUCUCUUUGCAGCAACUGAUCCCCAGAUUUUAGAGUAUUGUGAGUGGUUGAAAGCAGAUGAGUGGCCUGCUUGUGCCUUCAUUUCUCAAGAUUGUCGUCCAACUAAUCCUUCCGAAGAAGCUCAUAAUAUUGAAACUCAAUACAAAGUGUGGGAGAAGACACUGGAGUUGAUUGGCCUUCCUUCAGAUGCUGUGGAGAGACUUAUAGAAGGUGAAGAAGUCCAAUGCCGAUAUGGAUCUCAACGUGACUAGCUCACUUGCAACAAGAGCACUUGCUUUUACCUUGAAGCCCACGCUGAAUGUACGUUACCCAACACUGAUGAUUAUAGUCGAUUGAAACUAAAGCUACAAUUCGCGUUCUGCUGUACCUUGGGUGUAAGAUUGUUACAGUGAAUUGCUGCCUUAAUAGAAUUAAUCUUUGAAGAAAUAUUACCUUGAUGU